UCCGCCAUAAAUACACGCGCUCCUCUCCUCUCCUCUCCUCUCCGCUGUCCCCGACCCGCGCCACGCUCUCCAGCACAGCUAAGCUUUCUCUCCUGUUCCGCCUCCUCCGCGUGUUGAGCUGCGUGCGCGCCUCGUCGGCGCUGCUGCGUCGGGGAUACAAAGGCCUCGCCUUUUCGCCGGGGCCUGCAACAGAGACUCUCGGCUCCGAUCUCUCCGCGGGUGGGAGAUCGGGCGGAGGUAUCUGCGGAUUCGGGCGCCGAUUGCGGCGUCAAAAACCGAUCUUGUUGCUGAGGGUUGGGGCGAGGAGGACAGCCCGCGGAGAUGUGGGGGGAGUCCAAGCAGAUGCUCAAGUCCCGCGGCGGCAUGGGCGGGGGCAUCCCCGGCGGGGUGGGGGACGAGGAGUCUGACUACUUCCCCCCAACGCCGCGCAAGGACUGGUCCACGGGCCUCCUCAAGCUCGUCACCGCCACGGUCAUCUUCAUGGGCGGCGUCGUCCUCGGCCUCUCCGUCAGCGGCAGCGUCGCCCGCUACUACUACAACUCCCACGCCGAGCUCUUCUUCCCGGCCACCACCUACGGCUGCGACCGCGACCGCGACUGCGGCCUCGGGCUCGCCUUCAAGGCCUUCGUCCACCCGCCGCACCUCGCGCACUCCAUGUCCGACGAGGAGCUCUUCUGGCGGGCGUCCCUCGUGCCCAAGGCGGAGGAGUUCCCCUUCCAGCGCGUGCCCAAGGUCGCCUUCCUCUUCAUGACCCGCGGCCCUCUCCCGUUCGCGCCGCUCUGGGACAAGUUCUUCCGCGGGCACCAGGGGCUCUACUCCGUCUACGUCCACACCGUGCCGGACUACAAGCUCAACGUCUCCAAGAGCUCUGCAUUCUACGGCCGACAGAUCCCCAGCGAGGAAGUGUCUUGGGGGUCGAUAACCCUUGUGGAUGCUGAGAAGCGCCUACUGGCCAAUGCCUUGUUGGAUUUCUCAAAUGAGCGCUUUGUCCUGCUCUCAGAGAGCUGCAUUCCUGUGUUCAACUUUCCAACCGUCUAUGAGUACCUCAUUAACUCUCCACAUAGUUUCGUUGAGUCCUACAACAUCGACACCCAGCAAUGUGCCGGCCGGUACAACCGUCGCAUGGCUCCCCACAUCCUCCCAGAUCAAUGGAGAAAAGGGUCGGAGUGGUUUGAGCUUAACCGUGAAUUGGCUGUGCAGAUAGUAGCAGACUACAAAUACUACUCAAUCUUUAGAAAGCAUUGCAGGCCAUCUUGUUAUCCAGACGAGCAUUACAUACCGACUUAUCUUCAUUUGUUCCAUGGGUCCCUAAACGCCAACAGGACUAUCACAUGGGUUGAUUGGUCAAGAGGAGGCCCACAUCCAGCUAGAUAUGGUGCUGCUAGCAUUUCAGAAGAGUUCAUCCAGGCCAUCAGAAAUAAUGGUACGCGAUGCACUUACAACUCCAAGAACACUUCUGUCUGCUACCUCUUCGCGAGGAAGUUUGCUCCUAGUGCUUUGGGACCGUUGAUGAACCUCACUUCAACUGUGUUGGACUUUUGAGUCGUCCGCCAUGUGUUGUCAUUGGCAUUACGCUACCGAGGUAUCUAUUGAUGCAACCGGUCAGGAAAUAGAGGUACACUAUUAGAUUGGAGUCGGCAACAUGUGUCUCGGUAUAGAUGGAUCAGAUAUGGCUUUUGAUUGAUGCAUCUCUCGUGGAUGAUGCUAUGUGGGACAGUGAAAAUUGCUUCACUUAUCCUGAAGCUGAUCCUGAGCAACGGACAUAUGGCACUGGAGGAGAGGACUUUUCUUUCACCUCCCAUUCUUUUUAAUAUAUCAUAGUUAUGUGAUACUAGAUCUUUUCUUUUCCUUUUCCCCCUAUCUACUGUAAUGAAUUGAUCAGAUACUAAUUUCUGUGAAUAUAACCUAUCAAUCAUUGCUUUA